AUGGAGGUAGUCGCGGAAAGCCCCUGCCCCAAUUCCGCAGCAGCGGACGUCGGUUACCGCGCGCGCGCGCCGCAGCUCCGCCAGCGGGCACCCGCGGAAUCAUCGGCGGGCUGCGAGUCACGUCCCCCCCAGCCAGGCGCUGGCAGGAGAGCGGCGAAUGCGACCCGCUCGCGGCAAUACCUGGCGCGAUGGACCCCCGAGGAGGACGCGGUGCUAUUGGAGCACGUGAUGGCGCACGGCACGGCGGAGUGGGGGCAGCUCAGGGCGAGCGGCCGACUGCCGCUGCGCGACAACAAGGCGUGCUGCAACCGCUUCCUGCUUCUUAAGAGGAAAUUCCUCCAACUCGACGACUAUCAUCACGAGCAGGAGAAGCAUUGCCAGCAGCAUUACCAGCAAUACCGCCAGCAGCAACACCAGAAUCACAACGGCCAGCUGCAGCAGCAGCACGACAUCUCCCCCUGGCCCUGCCUGGAGCCCCAUGCGCACCCCGCCGCCCUCCCCUGCUGCUUCCAACCGGCUGACACCGCACUGCACCUGAUGGCCACUGCACCACAGGCGUACCCGCAGGCGGCAGAGGCAAGGCAGCAGGCGAUUGCACGUCUGGGCCGGUGGGAAGGAGAGUGGAGGGGCAACCCUGAGGGCGUUGCGUGGUGGGAGGCCGCGGUGGAUCCGCGGGUGGGAAGCGCAUUCAUGCACGCACAUGGGUGGGACGCCACCGUGGGAUGCGUGGGUGUGAUCGAGCCGGUGAGCCGCAAGAGUGCAUGUGUGCAAGACAGUGCGGUGGUGCUACAGCGACACACGGACGCACUGAAGCAGCAGCAGCAGCAGCAGAUUUGCACAGGUGGAGUGCGGCCGUGUGUGGAGCAGGCUGUGAAGGCAGGCACCUCUGCUGCUCCAUCAGCAUGUGUGACCGUGCUGCAUCUGCGCCCUACCCCCACUGCACCACCUGCUGCUUCUACGCACCUCACUCAGCGCCCGCUUGCUCCGCUGCACCCACCCCUUGCUGCAUACCGUGGCACCAUUGCUGCUCCUGCUGCUGCCGGUGCUGCCAUUGGCGCAUGUGUGGGGGAAGGGCCGUCAAACAGGCAGCCCCAGGCGGAUCUGGACAGGUGGGUUCUGGAGCAGGUGGGGCUCAUGCUGGGCGGCCAGGGGGGGGCUGCGCCUGGGGAUGCUGCGCUGCUGGCAGAUGUGAGAGGGGGGGAAGGGGGCGGAGUGGGUGGAGAAUUGGGGGGCAUGGGAUUUGCAGCAGGGGAUGGAGGGUGCAUUGUGGGGCAUGGAGGAAAGAGGACCAAGGUGAGUGGCGGUGGGGAGUGGGAUGAGCAGCAAGGGGAGACGUGCAUAUGGGAGGGGACUGGGAGUCACUGUGGAGGGUGGAUGGGCGGAGAGGGUGGGGGGAGGAAGACGCUUGACCAGGAUAGGGAUCAAGAGAUGCCGAGCCAGGAGGGUGGGCACUGGCAUGAUGCUGCCAGGGAAAGUUGUUGCUUCACCUUUCUCAACCCCCUCACCCCGUCUCCUUCCCCCUUGUCUCAAUUCUUCACCUUUCUAUUCCCCCGCUUCCUCCCCUUGUCUCAAUUCUUCCCCCUCCUCCUCCCCCCCUUUGCGCAUGGCCAGGAGGACGCGGUGCUAUUGGAGCACGUGAUGGCGCACGGCACGGCGGAGUGGGGGCAGCUCAGGGCGAGCGGCCGACUGCCGCUGCGCGACAACAAGGCGUGCUGCAACCGCUUCCUGCUUCUUAAGAGGAAGUUCUUGCAGCACGAGCAGCUUCACGAGCAGCAUCACGAGCAGCAGCAGCAGCAGCCACAGCCGGAAUUUCCCUCCUUCCGCCGCCCCCACCACCCUCCGCGCCCCAGCGGUCUCCCCUGCGGCCUGCAACCACGUGACACCGCACUGCACUCCUCACCCUGGCACCUCACGGGGACCGCACCAGCAGGGGUCCGCCUGGAGGCGUCCGUUGCGGCAUUCGUGAAAGCGCGUGACACGCUUGAUGCGAUUCCUGCGACUGACAUGGCAUGGCCGCCCCAGCCGCGCCUGCUUGAGCAGCCAGUUGCGCGACGCACAGUGACGGCAGUCGGCUGGAAGGGGAGCGAGUGGCAGGGGGUUGGUGCCGCGUGGCAUGGCAUGAUGGACCCCUGGCUCGAGCGCGCUCUGAUUGGCCCAAGUCUCCCUGCAAUCCCUGCUCUUUCCCCUCGCCCCUGCAAUAACGCAGCUGCUCCUCCUCCUUCUGUUCCUCCGCCUCCCACCCAUCCUGCCGCUCCUGCCACGCAUGCUCCUGCUCAACCUCCUCUUGCCAGUGUUGCUGCUGCCACGGGUGUGGGGGCAGGCGCACUGGAGGGCCAGAGGCAGGCGGAUCUGGACAGGUGGAUUCUGGAGCAGGUGGGGCUCAUGGCGGGGGGCCAGGGGGGUUCUGAGCCGGCCAUUUGGGCUUGA